UGUGCGAAGUCUGUCACUAAGCGGUAUUCAAUACCGGGAGCCGGGGCUUUGUUCCGUCCCUCCCCCAGCUCCGGGAGUUUCUUGGGGUUGGCGCUUGGAAGGCCAGGGGCGUUCUGACGGCUGUGUGCCCUCUUUCCCGUUCUGCGCAGAAUGACCAUGUGUAGCGGAGCAAGGCUAGCCCUGUUGGUCUACGGGAUAAUAAUGCACAGCAGCGUCUACUGCUCACCUGCCGCGGCUGGGCUCCGGUUCCCUGGUAUCAGGCCGGAGGACGAAGUUUACGACGAAGACGGAAACCCGCUGCCGGACUUCUACGACUCCGACCCGCCGGGCGUAGGGAGCCCCGCCUCCGCGCUGCGCGAUGCCUACGCGCUCUACUACCCCGCCGAGAAGAGAGAUGUCGCGCACGGGAUUCUCAACAAGGCCUACCGCAGAGUGCUCGACCAGCUGUCCGUCAGGAAAUACCUGCAAACGCUCGUGGCCAAGGGCGUGGGUGGGAACCUAGGCGACGGCGGGGAGGAUGACUCAGAGCCGCUCUCCAAGCGUCACUCGGACGGAAUCUUCACUGACAGCUACAGCCGCUACCGGAAACAAAUGGCUGUCAAGAAAUACUUGGCAGCUGUCCUAGGGAAAAGGUAUAAACAAAGGGUUAAAAACAAAGGACGUCGAAUAGCGUAUUUGUAGCGAUGAGUUACUAGCUACCCUGUGUAUACAACCCUGACACAAUGAAAAGUCAUUUUCCCAACUAACUGAACAGUCAUUGCUCAUGUGUUCCAUUCAAACAUGUAUUUAUGUAUGAAGUAAAGCCAUUAAAUGAAUAUUUUGAUAAUAAUAGUUUUUCUUUUUACAAAGCACUAGAGAAUGCACAGAUAUACUUUGUGGACCAAUUAUUGAUAUAUAUUAUAAAUAUAUAUAUUUAAGAAUAUAUAUAAGUAUAAUAGAGAGCAGUUCAUAUAAAGUAUGCACAAGGAUUGAAAAUUUGCCUGAGCUGUUUAUGUUUUUAUAUAAAAUAAAUAGAAAAAUAGACAAUCAUUGUUUUGAAUAUUACUCCUAUUUUUGUAAACUGGAAUUAAAAGGAUAGUAUUUUUAUCCACGACAGACCUGAAGAUAUUAAUACCGACCAUUUGCUACUGUACAUAAAAAAUGAUGUCCUGCUCCAGGGAGAUUUUGAGGUAAUGAUUUGGGAUAAUUGCUGUAGGGCAUUCUUUUCCAGUGAGUCUCUAGGGCAGGCUGCUUCAGCCCCAGCCCAACUCAACUAGGCACUGUCCCCCUCCUGGGUGACGAUUCUAAUAUUCCUGCUUUCUUUGAUCCUACUUUUACGUGUAUUUGUGUCUCUUCAGACUCUCAGCCCAGAAGGACAUUCUUCUGCUAAAACAACAGCUCGAUUUAAAUUGUGCUUCUCCCCAAAUUUCACACCACUCCCUGGGGGAAGAAUUGGGAGAUUGUACAGAGAAGGGAGGCUUGGGUAGGAAGCUCCCUUUUCUGUACUUCCAGGAAACCCACUAUCCCAAGGUUAAGGCUAUUGGAACAAAGUGAAAGAAGUAUAGGUUUAUUGGAAGAGGCAGAGCACAGGGCCGUAGGAGGAGGACCCUGGAGAGGGACUAGUUUGGGGCUGCCCCAGGUCUGGGACGCUGAGGGUAAGCCAAGUCCCCACCUUAGGUCCUCAGCCUGACUGACUUCGGGCGCUGGGUAUUGGAAAUAGAUACAAAGUACAAUGUGUUUUUCUCCAGUGCUGUCCAUGCUUCUCAUUUUGUGAAAUGGCCAGGAUCCUUCCCUUUUAACCCUGCUCUGUAGGAGCCACCCUUUUCUUUUGUGUUUUUUCUGAAGACCCCUCCUUCCCACCCUCUAGCACUGUUUAAGUACUGUUUACCAUUUUUCAUUCACUCUCUUAAACUUGUGAAUGCGGUUUCCUUUUGUUGUUGUUGUUGUUUGAUGCAAGCACUUAUUGUAAAGUUUAGGAACCCCUGUGUAGUUACCACUAAGUAAUUAUGCACUAAAUAUGAACCUUUUGUUUCUUGUUUAUUGAGUUUGUAGGUAAAAUGUAUUUUUCUACAUUAUGGCUUAUUGCUUAGUAAAAUUUAUUUCAUAAAACCAACCUUUGUCAUAUUAGAAUGUGUAGUGUUCACAUGUUGCUCAGUUUUACUAACUGAUAAAUAAUUUAAACCUCGUCUUCAUAUGUAUGAGUACUAUCGUAUAUUUGUGGUCAAGAGUAAGGUAAGCAAGCUCCAACAGACCCCGAGAACCUCCCUUUUGUAUCCUUUCUUGGCUACAGAAAGCAUGUCUGUUUCCUAUUAAUUCCUUGAAUAUAUCCAGUAAUCUCUAUAAACAAAAGAACGUUCACCCAGCAAUCAGAUCAAGCAACAACAGGCAAACCAGCCAAACUCCCAAAUUUCAGGCACAAAUUAUUUUGAAAAAAACAAAAAAGAAGAAGAACAAGAAAAGAUUAAACAUUGGCUUGUAAGUUUAAAUGACCUUUCCUUUUCGUUUACGGAUUUGAUCAGUAUGAAGUCAUAAAUCAAAGAAAACAGAAUUGGAUUUGCAUUCCCAGGCGGGAUGGAUGCUGCCAGGAGAUCACAUUGCAAACAGUAAAAGCACAGAGGCAUUCGAUCUAUGCCUGAGUCCUGUGUACGACGGGAUCAAUCUUUCUUUAAUUCUGCAGUCUCCUCAGGCAAUGUGACAUGGGACGCAGUUUGCAGCUUUAGUGCCUUUCUUCGCCUUUUAAAUCGCCACGAAUCACAGAUGGCUAUUUAGUGGCCCUACAAUGCUGCAACACAUCGGCUUGCAUUUUAGUCUUAAUUAUUUGUUUCUUGGAUAAUGGGCAGAGUUUUCUGUAUUUGUGUCAGCUGUUAGUGGUGAAAUAGGGCUCUAGUUAACCUUUUAUUUAUGAAGUCUAAUUUAGUGUUCCCGUGGCUAGUUGCAAGCAUUUACAGUGAUCACCUAGUUUAAUCUUUUGUAUAUGUUUUAGAAAUGCCAAGAGCCUUACUAACCUGGAGCAGAUUUAUGAUGUAGUGAUAAUUACUUUAGGUAGAUGAUAGUCUUGAAGCUCUUAUUUUGUGUGCAACUGAUUAUAAAAACAUCUUAACCAAGUAUUAUUACACACAUGAUAUCUAUAACUAGGACUUUGAUAACUGUUAUAUAAAGUGUGUAAAAUUUGUAUGAAUAAAUUUUUGUAAACAAUGCAACUUCGUCUAA